AUGGGAGGGGCACCGAGUAGGGAGACGCUGGUGCGACACAUCGUGCGUGACCCUCGCGUCCGGGGAAGCACCGCACCAAUCUUCGGUCACUCUGCGUCUCCUGGCGCUAACAAUGCCGGCAAGCCGCCGACUGACGUGCCGACGGUGACGUCGCAUCAGCCGGAGAUUAUUCUGAUCCCCCUCAUCCCCGAUUACUUCCCCAGCUCCGCCUCGCCGCUCUUCCAGCAGCUGCUACACGUGCGGCGAGAAGCGAACGUAGCUUAUUACUACCGGGAUGCCCGAAGCAUGGCGACGGAGCACACAGUGUUGCGAGACCAGAUCGGGUCCGACAAGGAUAUUUACAACUGGUACAUGAGCCUCAGCGAGCAGCGUCUGCUAGAGACGGAUAAUGAGCUGAUCGUUCUGAGCCGCGCAGGGCGAGUAGUGUCACCAGUGCCAUGUGCCGUUGCCUUUGUGUACGAGGCAAGCGCCACCGCAGCCGUCGCUGCUUCUGUGGCUGCCGCGGGUGGUGCUGUGACGUCCACCACCGACACACCAUCUCUUGGUAGCAGCAUUCGCAGAGGUAAGAAGAAGAACGGCGGAAACGGCAGGCUGCAUCGGCAUGGUAAGGUCAGCGGUGCUGGUGCGUCGAACGGAUACAUGACGAUCGAGAACACGGCGCGGUUGCCACACUGCAACCUGCGCGUGCGCAUCUUCGGCUUUGUCGGCGAUACGCGUUUUUGCCCACCAUCGAUGCACCACAGCCAGGCCGCCAGGCUGCCCAUGUGCCUCACGAUUUUUUUGUCGAAGAGCGCGGGUGGCAACUACCGCGCGCAGGUGACUCUUCUCGCGGCGCACACAUACAUAACACAGAUGCAGGCCAUCGGUAUCCUGCGACCCCUCGACGAGGCGUCGCUUGUGGGCGGCGGAGUGGUGCAGCGUGUGGCAGCGCGGGCGGGCGUCAAAGCGAACGCGGCGGGGCGCCUCCCUGCUGCUACCGGCGCUGGCAGUGCUGCAGCUGCCUACCGCGACCCGUACGUUGACCCAUACGGUGCCGAUCUUCCAGCCGCGGCCGAUCCGUACGCGAUCGCAGGCGAUGACGACAGUAGUGACGUUGAGGGGAAGCACCACUUGCCACUGCAUAUGACCAGUUUAGUCCCACAAGAUGGGUUGAAGACGCAUCUUGAAGGUCUGGGCACCAUGAUCACCUCCGCCGCCGCCGACGUCGCCAAGGAGACAGUGCUGCGCCGCCCCAUCGAAAUCGUCGUGCACCGCGCCGAUGUGCCGGCUCUGUGCUACCUGCGUGAGAUCCGCGCGCGCAUGGACCAGAGCUCCGCGUGCGCAACCCCCGCGGUCAGCGAGAAGAAAAGUAAAGCGCCCACGCUGUUGUCUUGUGCAAAGCCGAUCGCAACGGCAGCGACGAUGACGUCGUCGUCUCGCGGCGCCAGCAACGAGGGGGGCUGCGGUGGCGACAUAUGCGCGGCACCCGCGAACAGCAACGCGAGCUUACGGAAGUCCUGCUCCCCGAACGAGUCGCGGGCGGCGAAGACGACGGAUGCCAGCUCUAGCAUCAGCGCCGUUGCGACGCACCCCGGAGGUGACGCUGCUGAAGUUGGCUCUGAGUCGCUGAGGUACCAAAUCCGGACGGUGAUUCGCGCGGAUGAGCUGCGCGGCUCCGUGGCGGCGGAUUCGAUUGGCCGCGUCCUGUUGUGGGCAUCUCGCUUCUACACUGGACACUUCGAGCAGCUUGUGGGUGGCGAGGCAGCGAAGCUGCGGCAGGAGCUCGCGCAGCGAAACCUGACAGAGAGCUCGCUUGAUGGCACGCUCUUGCUGACUGACGAGGAGCCGCGGCCCCCGAGGGUGACCCCGAAGGCCGGCGACGUCUGGAUCCCGUCAAACGAGGCCUAUGUCGAGGCGCACGACACCGAACACGAAGGAGACGGGUGGGUCAAGGUGGCAGCCGGAACGGUGCUGCGGUACGUCACAUCUGCGUCCUCGGAUUCCUUGAACCCGGCUCCAGACGCCUUCUGGCGCGUCUCGCCCAACGAGUUUGCCGAGGACAUUCUCUUGACACUCUGCCGGCAAGCGUGUCAGGCAUCGCGGCGGGCACCACCAACGGACUCGCAUUGGCUGCUGAACGGCAAGACCGGCGUGCCGGAGGGGCUCGGCAUGGGCCUCCUAAUCUGGCGCGAGCUGUGUGCGGGGCAGGUGGUCUUUUACGGCACCACACCUGAGUUUCUCAAGAAGUGGAUCCAGUCAGGGGCAGAUGUGGAGCAGGCGUACCGCAACUACGUCAAGCGAUCGCACUCAAGCAAGGAGGCGACCUCCGCGGCAGAGACGGAGUUUGGUGGCGCGACAGCCGCGAGGGACGACGACGCCGUAGCGGGAGCUCAGUCGCUGUCGAUGACUGUUGCCGCCACCACUGCCGCCUCCAGUGGGUUACACAGCUCCUAUGAGGGCAACUUCCUAUCGAACCCGUCUGACGCGUCCGAUGGGCCUGACAAGAGUGGCCGCAGUGAUGGCAGACGCGACAAGGGGUCCGACCCAUCCUCGAUGGAGUUAUACAGCGCACACACCGGUUUUGUAUCGACUUCGGUGCAGGCGAAAGCGAUCUUGUCGCCAACGUUGCCCACGGAGAGUGGCAGUCACGUAGACGACGGUGCGAAGCCAAAGCGGGUCCGCACCGACGACCAGCCACGCACACCCUCGGCGUCCACGCCGGCUGUCGCGGUCAGCCGUCUCGCGCAGCCACACAACGUUUCUGGCACCCCUAGCAACGAUGCUCGAGAGGGGAGGGUUGCGCCUGCCCAGCAGCGCUUGCAGGUCGACCUGCCGGUCGCGUCCAGCACCUCCAUAGCCGUGUGGACGCAUUCAUCUAGCACUGUAGGAACGCCCAACUCGCACACGGGAGCGAGCCUCGCGUCGGCAAGCAUGGGCAGUCGCACCAGCUCUGCCAGCCUCUCUUACCGCCAGCCGUCGCAGCGCAGGUCUCCGGCUGCUGCCGCCACGACGUGCUGGAUUGGUGUCCCCGAGUCGGCCCCGGCCGACAACGCCGAUGUGCCCACAGUAAACGUGGUUGUGAGGCAGCGCCGCAGCGUGCGCGCGACGCCAAGUUGUUCUGCUACCGUCGGCACCACGCCUCUCCGAGCCGCUCAAAUGAGCGAUAGCUCCCACCACUUCUACACAUCGCGCGGCGUACCAAGCACGCCAUCCGUCAGUACACAGCCGAGCGUCGUCGGUACGGCUUCUGGGGCGUCUGCUGAAUACAGCGCGCAGGCGACGGGCUCUGCGGCGAUUCAACCGUGUGGGUCGACACCGGUGCGCAUCCCGGGCAGGUGGGGCUCCAGCGAGGAUGGCUCUCACCGGCAGGGUUGGCACUCGUCGGCGUCUGCCGAGCAAGGCCAAUACCUGCGUGCCGCAGGGGAGCUGCUCUCCCACUCUUGCACGUCGAACAACGCGACGGGGCUCGUCGACGCGCGGCGACCGCCGCCGCAGCGCUCCGCUACUAUGGCCAUUAGGCCUGGCUACGGUACCGGCAACAUUGCCAGCACUCCGCGGCUGGCCGCAACGCCAGCCAAGUGGAGCACGUCCAGCGCGGCACAGCCGUCUUCUAUGCGUGGUGCCUCCAUUACCUUUGCAAGCGGCUCUGCGUCAUUGGCGCACGUCCGUCACGCCUCCCUGCUGCACUCCAUCCGGUACACCGAGCCGUUCCAGCCGGCGUCGUCGGCUCGCUCAUCGUCGACGUUGACAGCGGAGCUGCUCUGGUCGAGUUUCUGCUCGAACCCCUCGCUGAUAUAUCGAAAGGGGUCGCUGUGUCCGCCGCAGUCGGAUACGGUCGGGGGCGACGUUGGCAGUAUGCACGCGUUACAGCACACUCCGGUGCUGCAGUCUAGUGCCGAUCCAGUGCGCAGGGGCUGUGGCGCGGUCUCUCCUGCGGGCAUGCCGGCUGUGGUGACAGCACUGAUGGCCGGCACGCCGCGUCCUGGCGGCGAGGCGAUGACAGUGCCGUCCUCGGGCCACAGCAGCGCCGCGCACACGCCUCGGCAAGGCGAUCUGGUGAACAGCGCGAAGAGCUCCGUCGGCUCCGGCAAGUACCGCUGGGACUGGCGUGGCGUCUCUUGGCCGGCAUAG